UGUCUGUCUCGCAUUCCUGCAGGACGAAGAGGAGGAGAUUAAACUGGAGAUCAACAUGCUGAAGAAAUACUCCCACCACAGAAACAUAGCCACGUACUAUGGUGCGUUCAUCAAGAAGAGCCCCCCAGGACAUGACGACCAGCUCUGGCUGGUGAUGGAGUUCUGUGGCGCUGGCUCCAUCACAGACCUUGUGAAGAACACCAAGGGCAACCAGCUGAAGGAAGACUGGAUCGCUUAUAUCUCCAGAGAGAUCCUUCGGGGCCUGGCCCACCUGCACGCCCACCACGUCAUCCACCGGGACAUCAAGGGCCAGAACGUCCUGCUGACCGAGAACGCCGAGGUCAAACUCGUGGACUUUGGCGUGAGCGCCCAGCUGGAUCGCACAGUGGGGCGGAGGAACACCUUCAUCGGCACGCCCUAUUGGAUGGCCCCCGAGGUCAUCGCCUGUGACGAGAACCCAGACGCUACGUACGACUACAGAAGUGAUCUGUGGUCUUGCGGCAUCACGGCCAUCGAGAUGGCAGAGGGAGCCCCCCCGCUGUGCGACAUGCACCCGAUGCGAGCCCUCUUCCUCAUCCCCAGGAACCCUCCCCCAAGGCUCAAGUCUAAGAAGUGGUCCAAGAAGUUCUUCAGCUUCAUCGAGGGCUGCCUGGUGAAGAACUACACCCAGCGGCCCCCCACCGAGCAGCUCCUGAAGCACCCCUACAUCCGGGACCAGCCCAACGAGCGGCAGGUGCGCAUCCAGCUGAAGGACCACAUCGACCGCACCAAGAAGAAGAGGGGCGAGAAAGACGAGACCGAGUACGAGUACAGCGGCAGCGAGGAGGAGGAGGAGGACCCCCAGGAGCAGGAGGGAGAGCCCAGCUCCAUCGUCAACGUGCCGGGCGAGUCCACCCUGCGCCGCGACUUCAUCCGCCUGCAGCAGGAGAACAAGGAGCGCUCGGAGGCGCUGCGCCGCCAGCAGCUCCUGCAGGAGCAGCAGCUCAGGGAGCAGGAGGAGUACAAGAGGCAGCUGCUGGCCGAGAGGCAGAAGCGCAUCGAGCAGCAGAAGGAGCAGAGGAGGAGGCUGGAGGAGCAACAGCGCCGCGAGCGGGAGAUGCGGCGGCAGCAGGAGCGCGAGCAGCGGCGCCGCGAGCAGGAGGACAAGCGGCGCGUGGAGGAGAUGGAGCGCCGGCGGAAGGAGGAGGAGGAGCGCCGGCGGGCCGAGGACGAGAAGAGGAGGGGCGACCGCGAGCAGGAGUACAUCCGGCGCCAGCUGGAGGAGGAGCAGAGGCACCUGGAGAUCCUGCAGCAGCAGCUGCUGCAUGAACAGGCCAUGCUGCUGGCCGAUGAACGGUACCGCAAAAAUAUCCAGGGCUCCCCUCAGACUGCCCCCACCAAGCAACCCCCCGUCCCCCCCCGCUCUGAACCCUUCUCCAACGGGGGCUCAUCCGAGUCCGCUCAGCCUGCCAUGCACCGGCCCAUGGAACCACAGGUCCAGUGGUCCCACCUGGCCGCUCUUAAGAGCAGCGGCGGCGCCGCCCCUGCUCCUCCUCCCCCCGUCGUGUCGCGCUCCCUCUCCUUCAGCGAGCCCGGCGCCGCCGUCGUCUCCAACUUUGCCCACCUCCACCUGCGCCCCCAGGAGCCGCCUCCCCCGCACGCCCACCUCCACCACAAACAGGCACCCUCACCCGCACGCACUGACCCCGCCCAGCCCCACCCCUCCCUCCACCAGCCCCAGCCUCGGGCCGAGCAGCCCGCCCCUGGCAUCAGUGAGGAGGUGCCCCCCAGGGUCCCUGUGAGGACCACGUCCAGGUCCCCGGUGCUGUCCCGCCGCGAGUCCCCCCUGCCCGGAGGAGCGCAGGCCAACAACCAGGCAGUGCAGAGAAAUGUCGGCAGUAACGCGGAGCCUCGUCUGCUGUGGGACCGGGUGGAGAAGCUGGUGCCCAGGCCAGGCAGCGGCAGCUCCUCAGGGUCCUCCAACUCCAGCUCCCAGGCCGGCUCUGGAGAGAGGUUCAGGCCUCGCUCUUCUUCCAAGUCUGAGGGCUCCCCGCUGCAACGCCCCGAGAAUGCUGCCAAAAAGCCGGAGGAAAAGAAGGAGUUUGCAAGACCCAACCGGCCGGCCGACCUGACGGCCCUGGCCAAGGAGCUGCGGGCGGUGGAGGACGUGCGCCCCCCCAACAAGGUGACGGACUACUCCUCCUCCAGCGAGGACUCGGGGACCACGGACGAAGACGACGACGAGGAGGUGGACCAGGACGGCGGGGAGGAGUCCACCUCGGGGGCCGAGGACUCCAGGGCCGGACGACUGAGCAACGGGGAGACGGCGUCCCUGAAGACUCUGCUGGCUGACGACUCUGAGAGCGACCAGGCCACCACGCCCUCCAAGGACGGCACCCUGGUCAUCCGACAGAGUGCAGGUGAACAAAAGCGCCCGGUCGCUGUCUCCCAGGCUGGGCCAGGGCCCGGCCACGGUCAGCCUCCUCCUCCCCUCGUUCACUUCCACCCGGAGAAAAACGGCUUUGCUGGCGGCAUUCACCUCCUCCCAGACCUUAUCCAGCAGAGCCAUCACCCCCCCUCCCCGUCCACCACCACCUCCUCCUCCACCUCCUCCCCCUCCUCUAGCCAUAUCAGCCCCGCCAUGUCCCCCCAGACCCCCCUGGACAAGCUGACUGUCAUGGAGACUCAGUCAGCCAGUAACACCCUCCAGAAACACAAGUCGUCUUCCUCCUUCACGCCCUUCAUCGACCCCCGCCUGCUGCAGAUCUCCCCCUCCAGCGGCAGCUCCCUCAACAACAUGGCGGCGUUCGGGAACGAAGGGCGCCUCGCGGACGCUCUGAGGGCCGACCCGUCCCGUAAGGGCUCCGUGGUCAACGUGAACCCGGUCAACACGCGCCCGCAGAGCGACACGCCCGAGAUCCGCAAAUACAAGAAGAGGUUCAACUCUGAGAUCCUGUGUGCAGCUCUCUGGGGUGUGAACCUGCUGGUGGGGACGGAGAGCGGUCUGAUGCUGCUGGACCGGAGUGGUCAGGGGAAGGUCUACCCUCUCAUCAGCAGGCGGCGCAUCCAGCAGAUGGACGUGCUGGAGGGCCUCAACGUCCUGGUCACCAUCUCAGGCAAGAAGAACAAAUUGCGAGUGUACUACCUGUCCUGGCUGAGGAACAAGAUUUUGCACAAUGACCCUGAGGUGGAGAAGAAACAGGGCUGGACCACUGUCGGGGAACUGGAGGGAUGCGUACACUACAAAGUUGUGAAAUACGAGAGGAUCAAGUUCCUUGUCCUUGCCCUGAAGAACUCUGUGGAGGUCUAUGCGUGGGCACCAAAGCCCUACCAUAAGUUCAUGGCCUUUAAGUCAUUUGGUGACCUGGUGCACAAGCCCUUGCUGGUGGACCUGACAGUGGAGGAGGGUCAGAGGUUAAAGGUCAUCUACGGCUCCUCUUCCGGCUUCCACGCCGUGGACGUGGACUCGGGGGCGGUCUACGACAUCUACCUUCCCACACAUAUCCAGACCCACAUCCAGUCCCACGCCAUCAUCAUCCUGCCCAACACGGACGGCAUCGAGCUGCUGGUGUGCUACGAGGACGAGGGCGUCUACGUCAACACGUACGGCCGCAUCACCAAGGACGUGGUGCUGCAGUGGGGCGAGAUGCCCACCUCCGUGGCCUACAUUAGGUCCAACCAGAUCAUGGGCUGGGGGGAGAAGGCCAUAGAGAUCCGCUCCGUGGAGACGGGUCACCUGGACGGGGUGUUCAUGCAUAAGAGGGCCCAGAGACUCAAGUUCCUGUGCGAGAGGAACGACAAGGUGUUCUUUGCGUCGGUGCGUUCCGGAGGCUCCAGCCAGGUGUACUUCAUGACCCUGGGCCGCACCUCACUGCUCAGCUGGUAGUAAGGGAACGGCCCGCCAAAAACCUGGAAGACGACAACCAUGGAAUGACCAACGGAACAUGAAUACGACUCUUGACGACGACGAAGACCGUAAAACCUUGAAGCCGGACGUGGGACUGGAGAAAACCCGAGCUUUUCCGAUCAUCUGAAGGAAAGAAGAAGAAAAAAAGA